CAUUCUCAUUUCUCAAGCAUCGCCACCAAAACGGCGUUAGCCGCCCCACAAUACGCUUGCCAAAGAAGAAACACCAAAAACCCCUUAAAACCUUUUAAAAAAUUUCAUAAAAAAAAAAUCACAGUGAAAUAGAGAUGAACAAAGAAGAAGAAGAAGCAGGGCCACCGAAUAGGGAGCUAUACGCCGUGCUCCAAGUGUCGCCGGAUGCUACAGAUGAAGAAAUUCGAAAAGCUUAUCGACACUGGGCUCAAGUUUAUCAUCCUGACAAGUAUCAGGACUUCCAUAUGAAGGAAAUAGCGACACAGAACUUUCAGAGGAUAUGUGAAGCUUAUGAAGUGUUAUCAGAUGAGUAUAAGAGGCAGAUAUAUGAUAUAUAUGGUAUGGAAGGGAUAAGGUCUGGUUUGGAACUUGGUCCCAUGCUUAAUAAACCUGAAGAGUUAAAGGAAGUACUUGAAAGACUCAAAAAGAGGAAAGAACAAGAAAAGAUGGCUUCUCAUUUUCGACCUUCUGGUACGAUUCUGGCCAACUUAUCUUUGCCUCAGUUCCUCGAUGGUGACGGCAUCAUGGGAGGAAUGGCUAUGGCUAGUGAAUUUCAUUCCCAAUUAUCAAAACGCAACGCCAUUGCUGUUGGUGGAAAUUUGGAAGUUCAGGAAAAUGCUGGUGGUGCAGCUGCUAGUGCUGUGCUUAGGCAUCAGCUUUCUCCAAUUUCAUCUAUAGAACUUAUGGGCACAGCUGGUUUACGUGCACUUAUUGGAUUACAAACUACACAUCAGCUAUCACUACAUUCAACGGCAACAAUUUCCAUUGCAAAGUCCUUGAGAGAUGGUUCAAUCAAUCUUUCCAACACGUGGACCCGCCAACUUUCCGAAACAACUAGUGGAAAUAUACAGCUUUUGCUAAGCUCAGAAUCAUCUAUAUCAGUUGGAUGGCAAAAGAAGGAUGAAAAGAUGUCUGCUGCUGGAGAGUUGAAGAUGGGUACAAGUUCUUUUGGAGCAUCAGCUCAUUACACUCAUCGCUUUUCAUCAAAAUCCCAUGGUCGUAUUGCUGGCAGAUUUGGAAGCACUGCUUUAGAGAUGGAGGUUGGUGGUGGAAGAAAAGUAUCUGAUUUUAGUAGUGUCAGAGUACUGUAUACUAUUGGAAUUCAGGGUAUUUUUUGGAAAUUUGAACUGCACCGUGGUGGACAGAAGUUAAUUAUUCCCGUAUUGCUUUCAAAGAAUUUGAAUCUCGCAUUUGCAACUGGAGCAUUCCUAAUUCCAACAUCACUGUACUUUUUAACCAAGAAACUGAUCUUCAAACCUUACUACCUUCGAAGGGAAAAGCAAAAGGCUCUAGAGAUUAAAUCAAAAACUUCUGUUGAGGUCAAAGAGGCGAGGUUACGGGCAGAAAAAGCUCAGCAACUAUUACAAAAUGUGGGCAAUAGGAAAAGAAAUAGGCAAGCAGAAAGAAAUGGACUUGUUAUUGAUAAAGCAUUAUAUGGAAGUCUUAAAGCUUUGAAGAAAAGAAAAGAAUCAACUGAAGAAAAUGGCGAGUUAGCUUCAGAAGUCAUAGAUGUUACAAUACCUCUUAAUUUUCUGGUUAAUGAUUCUGGACAAUUGAAGCUGCACGAGGGUGUAAAGAAGUCAGGCAUUAUGGGAUUUUGUGAUCCUUGUCCCGGAGAACCUAAACAACUAUAUGUCGAGUAUACUUGCGGUGGCCAAAUAUUCGAGGUCAUAGUAGAUGAUUAUGCAGAAAUGUCAAUACCCCAAGAAGCACAUAGACUCUGAUUUUAUCAUCACUAGCUAUUUUGCUAGUUACCUCUUGCAAUUUUGAAUUACCUUUAUUGAGGUAACUUUAGUUCAUAUACUGCUCUCAGUAUUCGUGUCACAUUUCUAAUAAGAGCAUUCACUAUAUUAAAUUUUUUUAUUAAUAUAAA